CAGGAAGGGACGAGCUUGCUAACGGUGAACCAUAAAGACCAAACAGUCCCUUGUGCUGGUAGUAUCACGAACACAUUGUUCUGACAACGUGAAAAUAAACGUGACUACCCACACAAUUGUGAGGAGCAACUGUGACUCGUUUAAGGCUAUAGCAGCUACCUUCUUCUUUCUUGUAAACCGUUAUAGCUACCUCGCGCGAUAGCUAGGUUAACUAUAUAGCCAGGCGGCUGGAUCGCUUAUCUGCUGCUAAUCACCGGUUUUCUCGUUAGCUGGCGGUGUUUGCCAAUUUUCGGUGAGCUUGACUACUGUGAAGAAAACUUUUAAACUGACAUAUUGACAGCACUUUUUUUUUAUAGUUAAACCGAUAUGUUUGUUAGUGCUUCGCUCGGUCAAGUGGCUUACUUGUAGCUAACUAGCUAGCUAGCUUCCUCGCUAGCUAGUUGAGUUAGCAAACUUGCUUUUCAAAUCGCGCACAUUCGCGUUAGCUAAAAAUAUACAUCUUUUGUUUCGUCUCAUCCAAAAGUGGUGAGCUCAUCUAGCGAGAGCCGGCCUUCAUAGACUAAUCGUCGCACCUCGUCGUUUUACAUGUUAGACAAAGUACAAGCCGGGAUACAUUGAAAUCUGACGUGACAGUGUCAAACUUUGAGGGCCCAGCUAGCCGAUGUCAGAUAUUUAUUUUGACCUAAGUAAAUAUAAGCAGGUUGACAUGGGAGUUACGCAUAGACUAACUUAAUAUUUCAUAGGCCAGUUUCAUGGAAAGUCAGCAUUUCAGUUCGGAGAACAGGUAUAAACUCAACCCUCUGAGGCCGGAGACAGACUAACUGGCAUUGCUAAUAUACUCUCAGCAAAGUCUGAGAACGCAGCAGUACCAUAACACCAUGUCCGAAGACAAUAAUGCGGACAAAUUUAUCAAGGAGAGCUCCAUCUUGGAAGAGUACAAUAUCAACUGGACACAGAAGCUCGGUGCUGGGAUCAGUGGGCCUGUAAGGGUGUGUGUGAAGAAGUCAACACAAGAGCGGUUAGCCCUGAAGAUCCUGAUCGACAGACCUAAAGCACGCAAUGAGGUGAGGCUUCAUAUGAUGUGUGCUUCUCACCCCAACAUUGUCCAGAUCUUGGAGGUUUACGCCAACAGUGUCCAGUUUCCGCAUGAAUCCAGUCCGAGGGCACGGUUAUUAAUUGUUAUGGAGAUGAUGGAAGGUGGGGAGCUGUUCCAUAGAAUCAGCCAGCACAGACACUUUACUGAGAAGAUGGCCAGCCAAGUCACUAAACAGAUUGCCCAGGCUUUGGAACACUGUCACUCACUGAAUAUUGCACAUCGAGACCUGAAGCCAGAGAACCUACUGUUCAAGGACAAUUCACUGGAUGCUCCUGUAAAAUUGUGUGAUUUUGGUUUUGCCAAAAUUGACCAAGGUGAUCUAAUGACCCCACAGUUCACUCCUUACUAUGUAGCACCUCAGGUAUUGGAGGCACAAAGGCGCCACCAGAAAGAAAAGUCUGGAAUAAUACCUACCUCACCCACCCCUUAUACAUACAACAAAAGCUGCGACUUGUGGUCGUUGGGCGUGAUCAUCUACGUGAUGCUGUGCGGCUACCCUCCGUUCUACUCCAAGCACCACAGCCGCACCAUCCCUAAAGACAUGCGCAAGAAGAUCAUGACGGGCAGCUUUGACUUCCCCGAAGACGAGUGGAGCCAGAUCUCAGAAAUGGCAAAGGACAUUGUCCGCAAACUGCUGAAAGUGAAGCCUGAAGAAAGGCUAACAAUCGAGGGUGUCCUGGCCCACCCCUGGCUUAACUGCACUGAGGCCCUGGACAAUGUGCUUCCCUCUGCUCAAAUGAUGAUGGACAAGGCAGUGGUUGCUGGGAUCCAGCAGGCACAUGCAGAACAACUGGCUAACAUGAGAAUACAAGACCUUAACGUGAGCCUCAAACCUCUCAGCUCCGUUAACAACCCAAUUCUGAGAAAGAGGAAACUGCUAGGUCCAAAACCUAAUGAUGGUUUCCUCAAUGACCCUGAAAAUGGGGCCGAGGACUCCAAUGUUGCUGUGGAAAAGCUGCGAGAUGUGAUUGCCCAGUGCAUCCUGCCACAGGCAGGAGAGAACGAGGAUGAGAAGCUGAAUGAGGUGAUGUACGAGGCGUGGCGCUUCAACCGGGACUGUAAGCUGCUCCGCGAUGGACUCCAGGGGAUGAGCUGGGACGGUGAGAGCACCGGUAGGGCUUUCUCUGACAAAGUGGAUCGCUUGAAAUUGGCAGAGAUUGUAAAACAGGCCAUCGAAGAAAAAACAAACUUAGAAGACUCCUAAUAGCAAGUGCUGCACUUCUAUUUCCUUUUGUACUGUUUAUUAUAAUUGUUCUUAAGCAAAUAACUGUAAAGAAUCAUUUUUAUGUAAAUCGAAGUGCAUACUUUCCCCAACCCCUCCAUGGAGACACUUGCAAAUCUGUUGUACAGCUGUAGAUAUAACCAAGAAGUUGGUACGAUUACUUUUUUUCUACACACAACAAUGAAGAAAUCCAUUACAAAGAGCAUAUUUUUGUUUUUGCAACCAAAAAAAAAGGAAAAAUGGAAAAGAAUUCCAUUUCAGCACCAGCUGAGAAGGAAAGGUGCCCUUUAUAAUGAUUCAUUUAGAAGAUAUUUUUAUUCUUUGUUUUUAUUUCCUUUUUGGUCAUUUAACAGAUCCUGUAAAUUUUGUUUAUUAAAAAAUAAACAAGGCAGUUUUACCACAAAACUUACAGAAGAAAAGUUAACAUAUGGGGUAGAAAAUGGGGGUUAAAGAUUAACUUUAAAGCUUAAUAUUUAUGUACAUUUCCAUGGU